ACCACAACUCCCAAGAUGCACCGGAGAUCUCCACGCAGGCGCUCUGAGUCCCUGGGUGGCGUCACGUCUAUAAAUAGCGGCGUUUUGGAACGUCGAGCCUAUUGUUAGACAGGUCGGUACAUUGUAGCUGGUCAGAGUACGGGCUGCGGCAAGUCAGUUUCACCAGUCAAUUUCACCACUACCAACUUAAGUUAGCUUCUUCCCUACAUCCCCCAACCCUACCCCCGCCCCGGCCCUUACAAUCCAAGCCAUCGCCUGCCAACCUUCCUCUGAUCGCAACAAACCCAAACACCUCCACCGGCAAAAAAAAGAACACUUUCUUUAACACGAAUCUGUUUGGAAAAGGGGUUGAUAUAUAUUGUAUGAAAGGCUGUUGUGGAGGAAAAAAAGGGACUCGCCCAGCCAAGCGCCAUUUAAAUCCCUGUACAGCACUUAAAUAGGAGGGAAACUGCCGAUUAUAAUCUACAUUUCAGUGGGCAGCAAGAUCCUUUUCGACACGUCCUCUCUCAAAGCAGACAUCUCUGAGGUGAGGAGAAAUUACAGCUGCCCUACCUCAUUAAUGGCUUGAUUCUUAAUACAAUGAUGGGUGAGAAAUGGAGAUGGCUGUCAGUGGGAGCAUAAAGCGAAAAUUUGAAGAGGUAGAUGGUUCGUCAUUGUGUUCUUCACCCAAGGAAUCGGAUGAUGACAUUUCCAGCAGCGAUAGUGCAGACAGCUGUGACAGCCUCAACCCCCCCACCUCCAGGGAACUGAGCCCAACUUCAAUCUUGAAGAAGCAGAAGCGGCUGAGAGCCAAGAACGUUCGUUUCGACCAGGUCACUGUUUACUACUUCACACGUCGCCAAGGCUUCACCAGCGUGCCAAGUCAGGGAGGCAGCUCCCUUGGCAUGGCCAGGCGCCACAACUGCAUCCGCAGGUACACGCUGUGUGAGUUUGCACAGGAGCAGGAGCACCUUCAUCGGGAAAUGCUCCGUGACCACUUGAAAGAAGAGAAACUCAAUGUGCGCAAAAUGAAGUUGACCAAAAACGGUACAGUUGAGUCGGAGGAAGCCAAUGUACUCACCAUUGAUGAUGUUUCUGAUGAUGACAUUGAUGUGGACAGUAUUGAGGUAGAUGACUAUUUCUUUUUACAACCACUACCCACAAAAAGGCGAAGAGCUUUAUUACGUGCAUCGGGCGUCAACAGGAUUGAUACCGAGGAAAAGCAUGAGCUGCGAGCCAUUCGCUCGUCCAGGGAGGAAUGCGGGUGCGACUGUAGGUUUUACUGUGAUCCUGAAGUGUGCCCCUGUAGCAAAGCGGGAAUCAAAUGCCAGGUGGACAGGAUGUCCUUUCCCUGUGGUUGCUCCAAAGAUGGAUGCGCUAACUCGGCUGGCCGGAUUGAAUUUAACCCCAUCCGUGUGCGAACUCAUUACUUGCAUACUAUCAUGAAGCUGGAACUGGAGAACAAACAGCAAGACCAUCAUCAGCAGUUGUUGCCUGCCAUUUCCCAUUGCUCUAAUGACAGACACACAGAAGUGCAGGAUUACCAGGAAUUUACUGCAGAAAAUUAUGACUUGGAGAAUGAAACUGCAGUUAUGCACUUACAGUCUGCUGAGGAGAUGGACAGGAAAAAGGAAGAAGAGGAUGAUAUAACCAGUUCUAGUGUAACCAUGGAUACCAGUGUAGAAAGCCUAGAAGUCUGUAUAUUAGGAGAUCCAGUAGCUGUACCUGAUGAGGCCUGUGAAGGCCUAGCAACACCAGUUGUGAUCCAAGCAGAAGUGACUCCUGUUUCUCCUGUGUUGUGUUUUGCUGACAGCACUGUUCAAAGUAGCUCGACGCCUGAGGAACAGACAUAUUUAAGCAACUCCACAGUGUUAUAUUAUCAAAUAGACCAGAGCUGUGCUGUAGAUGUGAACUGCAGUGAUAGGGAGGCCAAUUAUGUGGAAGCAGGAUUAGAAUCCAAUUACACAAAGGAAAACACUCUAGAAAAUUUAAUUGCUGCUACCAGUAGCUCCUUGGCAUCUUACAUGCCUGUCACAGAGCACUUUUCUGAAAACACAGGGACCUCUAAAUACAGUGAUGUGCAAUUUCCCUCGGUAGAAGAUGGCAAUUCCUUAGCAGGUGAUGGUACUAAGGUGUACACUGAAAAUACUAAGCAGGAGUUCCAGUUGCAUUCAAAGCUUCAAGAUGGCUUCCCCAGGGCCUCUGAUGGUAAUCUUUGUGUGCCUGAGCUGACUGUGGAGAAUGUGUGUUCCCAGUCUGAAGGUCAGAGGUCCCCAGAGGAAACCCCUGCAGCAAACUCAGUAACUAUGUGAUGCAUUUCUGCAGC